AUGGCAAUAAAAACAAUAGAAACAAAAUUUAAUAAACAACAAAAAUCAACAAAAAACUUCAAAAUAAUUAAUAAAACAAAACCUCAACUUUACUUUUUAAUUAUUAUCUUAUUUUCUAUUUCUAUUUUGGAAGCAUUUCCAACAAAAGAAAAAGGGGAAAGAAGGAAAGAAUUUAGGGAAAAAGAAGAAAGAAAACAAAAAGAUUUAAUUUGUAAUGUUGGAGAUGAACAUGAAUGUGUUUGUAAUGUUUCUAUGGGAAAUUUAGAUUCUUCAAAUAUUCCGAAUUGUAAUGAAUUUAUUGGAGGCAAAAGUCUUGAUGCAGUCAAAAUUGUUGUUCGUGAUUUUAAUUUAACUGCCUUAUUACGUACUAAUGAAACGCAUGAGCAAUACUUAAGACGAAGAAUUUCACAAGUACUGAACCGUUAUUGUGAAACGGUACCUGAUGAAUGUCCUGGUACUUUGGCGGAAUUAAGAAGUCAAAGACUGAAAUUAGAAACAAGUUCAAGAGAAUUGGACAAUUUAAAUGGUAAAUGA